AUGGUAGAAUCCUUUGCAAUUGCCCGUCUUCAGCGAGAAUUCCGAGAUCUCACACAAAAUGAAGACAGCGGGUUUUCAGUAGGCUUAGUCGACGAUAAUUGGUUUAUAUGGACAGUCUGCUUUUCAGGCCCCACAGAUACUCCUUGGGAAGGCGGCUUUUACAUGGCAAAUUUGAGAUUUCCAGAAGAUUACCCCAACUCUCCGCCUGAAAUGAUUUUUAAAAGCGAAAUGUGGCACCCAAACAUAUUUAAGGACGGAAGAGUAUGCAUUUCGAUAUUGCACCCUCCAGGGGAAGAUGUUUUUAACUCUCUUGAAAGUUCUGCUGAAAGAUGGCGGCCUAUUCUUGGAGUGGAAUCUAUAUUGCUAUCAGUCAUUUCAAUGCUGAAUGACCCUAAUUUAGACAGUCCUGCUAAUAUGGAUGCUGCAAUCCAGUUUAGAGAUGAUAGAGCUAAUUAUUGGAGAAGAGUUAGAAGACUAGCUCAACAAUCAGUAGAAAUGCUUUAA